UAUCGAUAUAAGUAUCAGCGGCGGAAAGUUUGCGUGCUAAUUUAUGUAUUGUAUUUAAUAAUUUAAUUGAGGAUCGUCACUUGGAGCAGUUGAAACCGCUGCACAUGACGUAAUGGAGUCGAUUAUCUUUGGAGUUCUGACCGUUAGUGACACCUGUUACCAGGAUCCGGCGAAGGACAAAAGUGGUCCCAGGCUGAGGGCACUCAUCAACGAGUCCUUUGCCAAUGCCCAGGUGACAGAGAGCAUAGUUCCUGACGAAAAGGACCUGAUUCAGCAGGAACUGCGCGAGUGGAUCGACCUUGGGGAGCUGCGAGUGAUCCUAACCACCGGAGGAACAGGCUUUGCGCCACGGGAUGUGACUCCUGAGGCCACGAAACCGCUGCUGGACAAGGAGUGCCCCCAGCUGGCACUGGUCAUUGCCCUGGAAUCCCUGAAGAAAACCCGAUUUGCGGCCCUUUCCCGUGGACUUGCUGGGAUUGCUGGGAACACCCUGAUCCUAAACUUUCCUGGCAGCGAAAAGGCCGUUACCGAGUGUUUCGAGACCGUCAAGGAUCUCCUGCCUCAUGCCCUUAAUCUCAUUGGUGACGAGAUAUCUCUGGUGCGAAAAACCCAUGCGGAGGUCCAAGGAUCCGCGCCCCAGCGCCACAUUUGCCCCCACAAAACGGGGAAGGGAAACGAUUACGAUCGCAAUUCACCCUUUCCCAUGCUGCCCGUUCAGGAGGUGCUCUCCAUGAUCUUCGACACGGUAAAGAGGACCAGCAAUCUGGACACGAGCUUGUGGCAGCUAAACUCGCCGGUGAACAUUCCUCCCUUCAGGGCUUCCAUCAAGGACGGGUACGCCAUGAAGUCGACCGGAUUCUCGGGCAGCAAGCGUGUGCUGGGUUGUAUAGCAGCCGGAGAUGCACCCAAUUCUUCGCCUCUGGCGGAGGAUGAGUGCUUCAAAAUAAACACAGGAGCACCGCUCCCACUGGAGGCGGAUUGUGUGGUGCAAGUGGAGGACACGGAGCUGCUGCAGCGCGACAAGCACGGCCAGGAGAGCCUGGUGAACAUAAAGGUCGAGCCACAAGCUGGAUUAGAUGUGCGGCCAGUGGGUUUCGAUCUGAGCAUCAAGGAUCGCAUUUUCCCUGCUCCAGAUCCCUCGCCUGUGGUAGUCAAAUCCCUGCUGGCCUCCGUGGGCAAGCGGUUGGCUAUACCCAAGCCCAGGGUGGCCAUAGUGUCCACUGGCAGUGAGCUGCUUUCUCCGCGGGACCAGCCUGUUCCCGGCAAGAUCUUCGACUCUAAUACCACCAUGUUGGCGGAACUGCUUCUCUACUUUGGCUUUGACUGCAUGCACACGAGUGUGCUGAGCGAUAGCUUUAAACAGACCAAGGAAUCGCUGACCGAUCUUUUCGAGGUGGUGGACUUUGUCAUUUGCAGCGGUGGCGUCUCUAUGGGCGACAAGGAUUUUGUGAAGCCCGUGCUGGAGGACCUUCAAUUCAAGCUUCACUGCGGCAGGGUCAAUAUGAAGCCAGGCAAACCCUUGACCUUUGCCAGCCGCAAUGACAAGUACUUCUUCGGCCUGCCCGGGAACCCCGUGUCCGCCUUCGUCACCUUCCACCUCUUCGCCCUGCCCGCCAUCCGCUGGGCAGCUGGCUGGGAUCGCCCCAAGUGCUCCCUGCCCGUGGUCAAUGUGAAGUUGCUCAACGACUUCAGUUUGGAUGGUCGUCCGGAGUUUGUUCGCGCCUCAGUGAUUUCCAAAUCAGGAGAGCUGUACGCCAGUGUCACUGGAGAUCAGAUCAGCAGUCGCUUGCAGAGCAUUGUGGGGGCGGAUGUGUUGAUCAACUUGCCAGCACGCACCUCUGAUCGGUAUGAAGCCAAAGCUGGCGAAGUUUUCCCGGCCUCCGUGCUGCGCUACGACUUCAUCUCCAAGUACGAAUAGGAACUGGACCUACAAAACCCAUCGAAUGUUAGAAAGACAAGACAAUACGCCUUCGUAGAUUAGCACAAUGAUUUAUUUUUUCAUAUAUCGUAACAUUACGUAUGAUGUCCAUCAAUUUACACCUUUAGCAGUGUGUACAAAAACGAGUAUAAAGUAAAUAUUAUAAAGGCCUUCCUAAAGGAAGAAAUAUCAUCAAA